AUGGAGAUCGUGACAUCCAUUGCGAUCCAGUCACUCUUGCUUGGCCUAGCAUUUGGUGUCACUUGUAUGCGAUGUUGGAUCCGCGUUCGCCUCGAGCGACGAGGGAUGACACUGGUCGACUGGCUCGUAUGGGGAGGGUGGUUAUGCGCCCUUGGAUGGUUCAGUUGCUCGACCAAAGCGCUAUACAUUCUCAUCGAUCAUCCGCUGGACGAAGAGACACGAAGCGAUUCAGUUGAUUACCUCAAGACCGUCUUCGCGUCCGUGUACUUCUUCGACACUGGGCUUUACUUCCCCAAAGCAUCCCUUGUGGCUUUCUACUGGUGGUUAAUCCCAUCGGGCUUUCGACGCCUACGAAUCGCAACAUACAUCACUGCCGGUAUUGUAGCUUGUGCUUUUCUCGCGAGCAUAUUGACGGAUACCCUGAUUGCACCUAAGAUUUCUGACAACUGGUCCAUUGAAAACCAGCUCAAUUCGACCUGGAACACAUACGCCAACUUGGUGGUUAAUUGGGUCCUUAACUUUGCCACUGACCUGCUAUUGUUCAUCCUCCCUUUCUUCAUCGUAAACUGCCUAAAACUACGGAAACGACAGAGGAUCGGUUUGGUCGGCGUUUUCUCGCUCGGCGCUAUCACAAUGGCAAUUAGUUUGGCUCGCUUCAUCGUCUACAACAUGGACUACAACGUUAGCGAUGCAGAUGGAAAUCUCUGGUGUACCGCCGAAAUGUGCACAGCCAUCAUUGUCGUCUCGCUGCCCUUUUUCAAAACACUCAUCAUCCGAUCCAGUACCCCCACCACCACGAGCCGCAGCAACACCGGCUACAUUUCCGGGCCAUCCAACAGAGCCCACUUAUCUGGCGAGGAGACGUACUCAUCGCAUGUGCAGGGUGGCCCCUCGGACGACGAAGUGGAACUUACUUUUCAGGACCGAAAGCGAAGUCUUACACCCCCUGGAAUGGUCGAUGAGGUUCGAACGCAAGAUGGAAAAGAUAAUGUGAUGAUUACGACAAAGUGGACAGUUACGAGGGAUAUGCUGUAA